AUGCAGGUAGUGGUUGAGAAGGUGAAACUGAAUCGAAUCGGCUCCUCUCACGUCACUCCCUCUCUGGUCAAUUCUGCCUUGUCUAUACAUGGGACGAUUGCUGCCUUCCCGCACCUGAACGACGUCAUAACUGUCGACAUGUCAAACCACAAGGUUGAAUCCUUGGAAUGCAGGCACUGCGAUGGCGAAUCGACGAUAAUGCAAGUGAAGGUCCUUGCCGCCGGGGACCUCACCAUUAUAGUAGCGGGCACCAUCGGCGGGGUGGUGAAGAUUUGGGAUGCAGAGACCUUAAGGCUGAUAACGACGUACACGCUGCCCAUGAGGCAAGAAAUGCAGGUCGACAGACAAAACUAUGCUAAGGGGAUUGAGAUCGUGAAAACGAGCCAAGGCUACUCCCUCAUAGUUGGGACAAACUUUGGAAAUUUGCACGUCUUUGUGAAAGAAGGGGUUUCAUUUCUUCACGAGAAUGUAAAGGAUUGUGUGCAAGAGGAAGUCCACAAGGAUCCAAUAGCUGACAUCGCAACCAAUGGCAAGGAGGGAGACUUGACGGUGGAGGGGUGCAGAUUCGCGGUGGCUGAUGAAGCUGGGAACAUAUCCGUAUGGAGCGUUGCUCCUCUGAUUCCGAUUCUUUCGUUCAAGGCCGUUGGGGAGAGCUUGACAGCUGUAUGCAUGCGGAACGACCUUGUCAUCGCGUCAACGAUGUUGGGGAAAAUUUUGAUCUUCAGCCAAACGUCCGAGGCCCUUACGUGCGAAAUCUCCGCUCACACCAGGAGCAUCACGGCGAUCUGCAUGCACCCGACGAGAGACUUGGUGGCCUCUGUCUCGGAGGAUACCUACAUCAACAUCUGGAACUUGGAGGGUCUGGACUCGAAGGAGAUCGAGGCGAUCAAAUCGAUCUCUGUCAAGGACUUGAUGAUUUGUGGAGUUCAGUUCUUCGGCGAUGAACCUUCGAAUGUGGCAGCCCUCGGAUACGAUGUCGAGGCCAUCCACGUGAUCUCAGGCAGCUCCAUUGCUGCUUAG